AUGGCACCGUCUAAGCUGAAGGCCGGUUUUGUGGUUUGGCCGAAUCUACUCACCACAUUGAUCAUGUCGAUAAUGGCUUCAUACUUAACCGGUGCAUGGGAGCUCAGUAUCACACACGCUGCUGCAAUUGUCAAUUUGUAUUCGGGUGUGGUGUGCAUAAUGCCAGUGGGCAUGAUAUGUAUAGUCUGCAUGACUGGUUACACGGGUAGCUAUUGGAUGAUCUUGCUCCCCAGAUUUGCCUUCACUGCUGGCUUGGUUCUUUUGGCGAUGUCAACACCUCCAGUCCUUGCUGGGGCAACAGGCACUUGCAGCGCAUAUAAGAGCAUUUCCAGCAAGGGGCCCAAGGGGAGGGCUAGGGGGGGGCAAACCCAAAAUGGUGUUUCCACAACAAAAGUCUGA